AUGGCCCCAGGGGCAGAUAGAGACAUAGGAGAGUCUUUGCUGAGGAGGAAUAAAAGGAAGGCAACGACGAGGCCGAUGCAGACGGUGGCGACAUGGGUAAGGAGGCAACCACCAAUGGUCAAGGCAUUUCUAGCGGUGGUUUCAUGGUUAGGAGCUUUGUUUUUUCUUGGAAUGGUUGUUCAUGAUCAAGACAACCUCUUUGUUCUUGCUGAGGUUUUUGAUUCUAUUGGUACAAGCUCAUGA